UUCCUGCUUCUUUCUUUUUUAGUGUCUAACUUUUUCAUCUAGAAACGUUGACUUGUCUCUUGCUUUCAACCGGUCAAUGAAGAACAGCUUCACUACUUGAAGAAUCGUUACCAUCACAGUACGGUGAAGUUCUCAUCUUGAAUCGUCUUCUUCUUCAAUAGACGUCACCCGCUUGUUUCAAUCAGGUUUGGAUCCUCCUCUCUGCAUAAAGCUUCGAUCUUUGAGUGACCCUGAAGAGCUUUCAAAGAAAGUUGUCUCCUUUUCAGCUCGAUUCAGCUGUUUAUUCGUUUUGAAUGGUUGACUUGUCAACUCUAUCUCCUUCGGAGAUCACGGUGAUGGGAUCCGUGUUCUGCGUCUUGCUCUCGAUGCACUUCACCAUGCAGCUCAUAUCACAGCACCUCUUCUACUGGAAGAACCCUAAAGAGCAGAGAGCCAUUCUCAUCAUUGUCCUCAUGGCUCCCGUUUACGCUAUCACCUCCUUUUUGGGCUUGCUUGAUGCCAAAGGAAGCAAACCCUUCUUCAUGUUUCUAGACGCCGCUAAAGAUUGCUAUGAGGCACUUGUCAUUGCUAAGUUCUUGGCGUUGAUGUAUAGCUACCUCAACAUAUCCACGAGCGGACAGAUCAUCCCUGAUGAGAUUAAAGGGAGAGAGAUCCACCACUCGUUUCCAAUGACGCUAUUCGUUCCUCGGACCACACAUCUGGAUCACAGCACGCUGGAACAGCUCAAUAACUGGACGUGGCAGUUCUGUGUUAUCCGCCCUGUGUGUUCCUUCUUGAUGAUAUCACUGCAGCUUCUCGGGAUUUAUCCACCGUGGCUGAGCUGGAUCUUCACCGUUGUUCUAAACGUCUCGGUAUACUUGGCUUUGUAUUCUUUGGUGAAGUUUUUCCAUGUUUUUGCUAAAGAGUUGGAGCCUCAUAAGCCGCUUACCAAGUUCAUGUGCAUUCAAGGGAUAGUAUUCUUCUGCUUUUGGCAGGGAGUAGUGCUUGAGGUAUUGGUGGGAUUGGGGUUGAUAAAGUCGCAUCAUUUCUGGCUGGAGGUGGAGCAGCUUGGGGAAGCUCUGCAAAACGUGCUUGUGGUUCUUGAGAUGAUUGUCUUCUCUGUUAUGCAGCAAUACGCUUUCCACGUUGCUCCUUAUAGUGGGGAAACCGAAGCUAAGAUGAGAAUGAACAAGAGAGAUUGAUUCCUGAAAGAGAAGAUUUAGACCAGAGAAGUUUUUUGUUUUCUUUUUUUGUUGUUAACGUGAAUGUUACUGAUUUUCUUUAACGAACAACAUAGGAUAGUGGUUAAUAAUGUAUCUUUUGUUCUCUC